AUGUCUUUGACUGUUAUCAUUGCUGACAGUGCCACCAUGUUCCCAACUGUUAGCAUUGCUGACAUGGCCACAGUGCCUUCAACUGGUAGCAUUGCUGACAGUGCCACCAUGUUUCCAACUGUUAACAUUGCUGACAGUUCCACUGUUCCAACAACUGGUAGCACUGCUGACAGUGCCACUGUGCCCCCAACUGUUAGCAUUGCUGACAGUUCCACUGUUCCAACAAAUGGUAGCAUUGCUGACAGCACCACCAUGCCCCCAACUGUUAGCAUUGCUGACAGUUCCACUGUUCCACCAACUGGUAGCAUUCCUGACAGUACCACCAUGCCCCCAACUGUUAGCAUUGCUGACAGUGCCACUGUGUUCCCAACUGUUAGCAUUGCUGACAGUUCCACUGUUCCAACAACUGGUAGCAUUGCUGACAGUACCACCAUGCCCCCAGCUGUUAGCAUUGCUGACAGUUCCACUGUUCUAACAACUGGUAGCAUUCCUGACAGUACCACCAUGCCCCCAACUGUUAGCAUUGCUGACAGUGCCACUGUGUUCCCAACUGCUAGCAUUGCUGACAGUGCCACCAUGUUCCCAACUGUUAACAUUGCUGACAUGGCUACAGUGCUUCCAACUGUUAGCAUUGCUGACAUGUCCACUGUGCCUUUAACUGUUAGCAUUUUUGACAGUGCCCUCUGUUCCUGCAACUGUUAG